GGGAGGGGAGGAGGGGAAGGAAUGGGUGGGUGAAGCCGGAAGAGGAAACUCAGUGAAUUCCCGACCAGCCGAGAUGAGUGGUUUGGGGAAGCUCUUCGGGAAGGGUAAAAAAGCGAAAGCCCCUACCCCACAGGAGGCCAUCCAGAAGCUGCGGGAGACCGAGGAGGUGCUGGUCAAGAAGCAGGAGUUCUUGGAGCAGAAGAUCCAGCAGGAACUCCAGGCGGCCAAGAAACAUGGGACCAAGAACAAAAGAGCUGCUCUUCAAGCCCUCAAGCGGAAGAAGCGUUACGAGCAGCAGCUGGCGCAGAUUGACGGCACCCUCUCGACCAUCGAGUUCCAGCGCGAGUCGCUGGAGAAUGCCACCACCAACACCGAAGUGCUCAAGACCAUGUCGGAUGCGGCCCGGGCUAUGAAGGAAGCCCAUCAACACAUGGAUAUCGACAAAGUGGACGACCUGAUGGCCGAAAUCACAGAGCAGCAGGACAUCGCUCAGCAAAUCUCAGACGCCAUCUCUAAACCGGUCGGCUUCGGAGACGACGUCGACGAGGACGAACUGCUGGCUGAGUUGGAGGAAAUGGAACAGGAAGAUCUGGAUAAGGAAUUGCUGAAUGUCGGGGAGCCCACCCCGGAACUUCCCAGCGUGCCUGCCUCUCGCCUUCCCGGGGUUCCAGCCUCGAAAGUGCCAGCGACGGCCGUGGAUGACGACGACGAGGAAAUGAAGCAGCUGGCCGCCUGGGUGUCGUGAUGCAUUUUGGGGGCACUGCCUUCCUGUCUCCUUUUCCUGUGUUUUUUUCCGGAGGAGGGGAAGGGGAGAGGACCUUUCCACCCCCCCACCCCCCCACCCAGUUCAAUUCCAGAGGGCAGGAGGGGGUGGCGAAACGAGACACCCCGCCUGACGUGACCUUAUGUGCCGAAUGUAAAGAGUUUUAUAGACAGAUUUAUAUAUACAUAUAUCUAUAUAUAUGAACAGAUUGUAUUGUUGUGGGGUUGGGGGGGGCAUCACAUGGGGGCCUCGAGAGAGAUCCCACAAAUUUAGGACCCGCCUUCGUCCGUCACAUGAUCCUCACCUGUUUUCCGGCAAGGUUGGAAACAUGGAGUGGGGUAGGGGCACCCCAAAAUCUUUUCAAGCGUGGCACCUAAGGUGGGGGAAAGGUCACCAUGCUUUUCAAGUUACAUUCCUAUGGGGGAGUCUUCCCCCCCCGGCCUUUCUUUGCCACCCACGCCUCUGAUACUGAUUAGGGAGAUGUGGCCUGCCACCACCAGCAUUCCCCCCCAACGUGAAAAUGAAUACGGCGGUCUGGGGUGAAGGGGUGGGUGGUGUUUUAUGGUGCCAAGGCGAGAGGAUUCUCAUCCGGGAGGGAGGGUGGGGGGGGUGUCGAGGAAUCACAGCGCUGCUAGGGCUGGGGAGUAACAGGUACUACGUUUUUGUCAAGUCGGAUGAGCAGUGUGUCUGUUAACGUGGCUUGGGGUUCGAUGUUUACAUGUCUUUUUCUCUUUUUACACUUGCUGUGCUAAUCUGCUAAUUUUUUUAAGCUCUUCCUCUCUUGUCUUGGGGGUGUCUUCUUCUUCUUUUUAUUUUAAAUCGACUUGCGGUCAGGAGUUGGGAUCGGUGGGGAGGGGGACACAAAGGAGAUCCCUGUACACGCACACUUGCUAGAGUGGCCUUUAACCCUGUUCCUCUCGGUCCCCAAUGAAUAAAGGUGGCUCGGAAAAAAA